AUGGCAAAGGACCAGUUUCUGUUGGGAGUGACUGCCACAGAACCUGUUAAGCAACAACUUCUCAUGAGUUCCCCAAAAUCCGUGGGAGAAGCCAUAAGGAAAGUGCGUCAGCUAGAGGCUGCACAGCUCCUUCUCAAACAGGGGACCAGGCAGCGUGAGGAUAGGAAUGAUGGUAGUGCAUCAUCCGGGAAAGGCAGGGUGGCAAGUGCUACCUCUGGGACCACUGCACCGAAAGCAGAUUCGGACAUAAGCAAGGUUCUGGACCUGCUGCAGAAGAUGGAAUCCAGGAUAAGCAAGUUGGAAUCCACCGGCACAACAAAUUCUGAGAGGACGUCUGAGGACAUGCGCUGUUGGCGUUGUAAGGAGUGGGGUCACCAGGCCCGUCAGUGCCCAACCAUAGAGUGCUAUAACUGUCAUGGCACUGGACAUAUGGCCAGGUCUUGCCCCCAGAAUGAUCAGGAAAACUCCAAGUCGGGGUCGUCACGGGGCGGACGGACCCUCAGACAUCAGUAG